UAAUAUGAUUGACUAUAUAAAAAAAGAAAAAAUAAUAGAACCUGGAUGUAUGUAUCUUUUAAAAAAAAAUAGCUGAUAAGGUUAUUAUUGCAGGAAAGAUUGAAAGAAAAAUAUUUGAGAAUAUUUAAAUGGAACCAAUAGAAUAAGAGUAACUAAACAAAUUAAAGAAAGCAUUGAUUAACAUACCACCUUUACGAUUACCUAAAGAGUAAUAUUUAAUAAUAUUUUCAUAGAUGGUAAGAUAGUGAUUACUUAAGAAUUUUAUCAUAUUGUGAUUAUGAAAUUACAAACACUAUUCAUGUAUUAUUAUUCUUAAGAUUAUUAAAAAGGUUUUAAAGCAACAUCUUUUGUGGAAAAACAAUAUUAGUUUAUCAAAUCCUCCAAACUCUGUUGUGGUAUAUUUUUAAUUUCAUUUUAAUAGUUAAAUGGGGUUAUUUACAUACACGGACAUGAUAAACGUUUUCGGCCAGUAAUCAUAAUUGACUUAUAAAAAGCUCUUAAAGUAAUAUUUUAGUCAUUUAUUUUGAUAGUACAAACUCGAAGAAUUUAAAAUAGGUUUUGAUUAUUUAUUAAAUUUGCUAAUUAGAGAUGUUUUAAUAUCUUAUUAUAUUGAAUCAACAAUAAUUUUGAUUGAUUUGAGCAAUCUAAGAUAAAUAACACAUCUAAUUACAAAUGAAUUUGUAGAAUUUGUGAAAAGUUGUGAAUAAAAUUAUUAUGGAAGGAUACAUAAACUUUAUAUUAUUGAAGAUGUUUAUUAAUGUUUGUUUAAUAGAAUGCUUUAAGUUCUAAAACCUGAAUCAUAAGAUAAAAUAGUUUUUCUUUAGAGAAAAAAUCUUACUCAAUUAAGUAAUUAAAUUGAAGAAAAUUAAUUAGAACUUAAAUUUUAAGGUUUAUAACCUAACAUUUAAACUAAUUUUUGGUAUAUGGAUUAAUUUAGAUUAGGCCUCCUAAAGAUCUUUAAACAGAUAAAAAAAAUAAAAAAGAAGAAAUAAAGACAUUCAUUACUGAUGAAAAUAUUUCUAAAUCAUUAUUAAUAAUUUAGAAAAAUCGUCCUGAUAUCAGUUAAAAUAGUUAACUCGUUCUUUAAGUUUACAAUGAAGAAUAAGAAGUUAUUCUAUCAGAAAGUCAUAAUUUAGAGAUUGCCGACUCAUAAAAUAAUUUAAUAGAAUAUGUAUGAAUAAAUGUAAUCACAUUAGUUACUUGAUUCUAACUUUCAAUCUUCAAAUUAAAAAGCCUAUGAUUCUACUCCAUUACAGUCAACAUCAAUUAAGCCUUAAGAUUAGUAAAAAAUGUAAUUAGAAAAUUGGAGUAACUCAGAAUAGUAAAUGAGUUCAAAUUUAAUUAUAUAACAUUAAAAACGAAAUCCUUGCUGUACAAGUUCUUCAUGCUAAUUAAUUUGA